ACCCACCAGCCCGCCGUCACUGUGGGAGAGUCGGUUGGGCCUUGUGGGCUUCCUGGUCCUCAGCUCCGCCUCGCCUCGAUCUGGCCGGACAGGGGAAACACUUCUCAGUUCAAGAACAAAAGCAACAACGGGCAGAGCCGCGGAGGACCGAGUAACGGCGACUCCGGGGAUCGGAUCUGAACCUCAGCGGAUUGAGAAAUAUACGAAUCCGGCGACAAGGACCAGCCGAGGACUGAACUCGCACGAAAGGCGACAAACUUGGUCGCCUCGCAUCUUUCUAACCCGCCCGUAAUCCGUCGAGGUGCUUGACAAAUAAGACAAGGGUCAAACCGACAGACGGUAUUGUUUCCCCGGUUUCCCUCUCUAACUUCGGCCAUAAAAAAGCGGAGUGGCCCGAGAGGAAACUCGAGGUUUCCUUUGUUUUCUUCUCGUCUCGACGGACCUCGUGGAUAAAGGGUUGUUUUGUCAUUUUCGGUUUUUGUUGCCGUAUCUGCCUUUGUGAAGAGGCUACACUUAUCUUUUGGGGCCGAGUACUUGGAAGUGGAACAAAGCCCAACUGGGAAAGGGUGAGAGCCCGUUUUGAUAUCCCAGAUGGCAACCUACAGUGAACAUAAUGGCAGAAAUGGACUAAUUGUGAGCAUGAAGGAGUCUUUUGAAGGAAAAGUAACAAAGAAAGAAUGUGAAGGAAAGUUUGAAGCUAAACGGGCUUCCAAGGAUUUGUGCCACUCUGCCAGCUCAGCGGAAAGCAACACAAGUGGUGUGGCAAGUUUCACCACUAACCACAACUCUGUUGUGUGCCUGCCUCUGGUGUCGGAGGGACUAAAAUUGGUAUGGACACAGUCUGAUCAGACCCGUGAACUUGACACAAUCCCAGAGUUGGUCCAAGCCUUUAACUUAUUUCCAUAUCCAUCCUCCCAUGAGGUUAACACACUGGCCCGGGUAUGUGCCCUGCCACUGGACAAAGUCAAGGUGUGGUUUAUGGUGCAGAGAAUUAAAUAUGGUAUCAGCUGGUCAUCAGAGGAGAUAGAAGAGACGCGGCGGAAGCUAGCAGUGCCUGAGCUUCAUGAUGAUUCUACUGAAACAAACGAGGAAGCCAAAAUAAAGAGCAAGAACAAGAUAAGUGAGGAAUUGGUAAUUGAGGAUAAGGAUAGCGAAGAAGUGGAGGUUGCUCUCUCCAGCGCUACCCCCAAGAAGACAAAACCAAAGUGUGAGUCACCAGAUUCAUAUAAACCAGCUAAACCCACCACCCCAUGUUUCAGUUCCACCCUCCCCCCUCCUCAGGAUUCAUACUUCUAUCGCUCACCAGCAGACCCGCCAGCAAGCACAGCAACUGACGUCUCCCUUGACCUUUCAGAGUCAUCAUCAAGACAGCACCGUCACGGCCGCUACAAAAAGUCCAAAGCUCAGCUCGCUGCUCUUCGAAAGAGCUUUCUGAGAGAGAACUGGCCUGCAGAGGCAGAGCUAAGACGUUUGCAGGAAGAAACUGGGCUGACCCGUAAUGACAUUCGUAAAUGGUUCAGUGACAGCCGUUAUCAGCUUAGAGUUGGCCGUGGAAGCCUGGCAGCAGCCCAGAGCUAUUCUCAACACACUGCUGUGGGAGGUAAACAUGAUCAACAAACUCAACCUCUUCCACUUAUUACUCAAAAGACUCCUCAGCCUAACAGCGUGAAGGUCAACGAGGCAACCCGUAACAGUGGAACAAGAAAUGCACAUUUCUUCCAGACCUUUUUGACAAACAGCCUGGAAGCAUUUGGGGAUAGAGGACCUGAGACAGAAGAGUGUGAUGUUAUGGAGGAGCUGUCUGGUGACGGGGACAGUGUCAAAGACGAGGGGCAAAGUGAAGAACAGCCCUUACAAUUGACCAAGACCUGCAAGAUUGAGACAGAUAUUCCACAGGAACCAUCUGAUGUAUUAAAAUCAUCUCCCCACUCUUCCCCUUCUAGCAGCCCACCACCAACUAAUAAACAACUUUCAAACAGUAGCAGCACAUCAAAGAAGUCAUCCCACCCAGCCAAAGCCAGUCCCUCACAAACACCCAUGCACAUCUCAGGGGCUUCUUCAACUACAUCUUCGUCUCCUGCUCUCACUCCUGGUGGACGACCAAGAAAGACCAAGGAGCAAUUGGAUGUUUUAAAGCAGCACUUCUUGCGCUGCCAGUGGCCCAAGAGUGAUGAUUACACUGAACUUGUUAAGCUUACAGGUUUACCCCGAGCAGAUGUAAUUCAGUGGUUUGGUGACACACGGUAUGCUGUUAAAAAUGGCCAGCUGCGCUGGGUAAAGGGGGUCCGUGACCAGUUCUUGGCUGAACUUGCUGUCCAGCAGAGUGGCAGUGGUUUGACUAAUGGAAGCAGCUCUGGGACAUCUAAUCGGGUUGGCGGUAGCCGCAAACGAAAAUCUCAGGCAAAUGUACCAAGUACAGGUACUCCUGAUAUCCAGCCAUUGCUAGCAUAUUACCUUUCAACAGGCCCCCUACAUGAAAAAGACCUUGACACACUAUGCAAGAAAUCAAGAAUGAGCUACCAGCAAGUGCGAGAUUGGUUUGCAUCUCAGGAUGCGGGGGAGACUGACCAGGAACAAAGUAUUACUGAUUGAGACACUGGAACCAGACAUAAGAAUCGGGCUGUGCGAUAUGACCAAAAUCUCAUGUCCCCAUACGCAUCUUUUCAUAUUCAGAUAAUAUAACCCAGUAAUGCAAAUUUUAGAUAAAUGUAAAAUAAAUAGAUUUUCUCCUCUUUGUACUUUGGCCCAACACUCGACCCGGGUGUUUUCGAUUUUGGCAUUGUGUACCUUGGGUCAAGUUUUCGCACCAACUUUCAAAACCUGCUGCUUAAGCAUAUAAGUGUAGGCCAUGUCUUUACAGAUAUAAGUUUUAACAGCAGUCCUAAGCUUCCAUCUUUGCCAUGUGGUGCAUCAUGGGUAAAAGCCUCUUGAGUCUGGGGUUUGUUUUAAGCACCCAACUGUACUUUUUCUCAUCCGUAAUUUCCUAGUGCUGUUGGACAUUAUUUUUGCGCAGGUGGUAAAAGAGGUUGUUGGAGUCUGUUUGUAAAGUUCUCUUUUCUGGUCUGUGUCAGACUUUUUAUCCUUGUACAACUUUCAUGCAACAGAAGUAGCACCUCUUUUAGGUAUGAGCUCCUGGUUUUGUGGGUCUUUUCAGAAUUGCUGUAUUCUGUGCCACGUUCACAUGUCCUGCCUGCAUCCGUGCCAUGUGAAAAAAAACAACAUCCAAAUAACAAAAAAAAUACUGCUGUAAAGAGUGAAUUACGGUGGAACGAAAUAAACAAUACUGGAUAAUGCAAAGAGACUUUUCUAUUGUGACAGGUUAUAAAUCAUCAUAUCACACAGCCCUACUUCAAAACAUUUCUAAAAGUAGGUGGAGUGCUCCUCAUGUCCUUUGCACCAACAAGCAUAGUUAUUACUUUGGUUUAAAUUGCUUUAAUUGGGGCAGUUUUGUAACAUCCAGUCUUCCCAGUACAAGCCCUUGAUGAGGUUUGUGUUUUUUAUAUAUCCUGCAUUUCCUGCUUAUCCUAAUAUAUUUGGACUGGAAUUAUAAUUGCGCUGCCUGUGUUACUGUAAAUAAGACAGUAAAUUGUACACUGGUUUGCAAUAUUUUUUUAGCUUAUCAUUUUUGUUUAGAUCUCACUACUUAAGAUUUUUCUUAGUAUGAUAUUGUAGCAGUAUAAUUUAAACUGGUUGUACUCUCGGUACCUGACUAUAGCAGAUAAGUAACUGCUCCAGAAAUUGUCUGUUCAUGAAUUUGUUGACUGAUCAUUGUGUGUCAUAAUUCCUUCACAGCAGAUAAUUCCUUUUCUUUGAAAGCACACUGGACAUGUACACUUUAAAUCGAUAUCUUGCACUUUGGUUUCAGAGCCUGCUGCCAUUAUUUCCAUUAAACUCAAUUAUUUCACAAAAGAAUAAUUCCUAACUUGAAAGUGUCAUUUCUGAUCCCUAAACAGGGAGAACUCUGAUCAUGUCUUAAAAAUAACAUUUCAUCUAAUUCUACUUAGGUCAACAGCAUAUUUUUGAAGAACAUUCCUGAUUCUCCCCUAGUCUGCUGUAAUAUUUGAUUUACUAGUAGAAUACUUUGCUUGUCAUUUACAUUUAGCAGUACUGAGAAAGAGGCAAUUGCAUUAAUAUCAUACAGAUAGAGUUGCCAACUUAAUUAUGAUGUGCAUUCACUGAGUCAGUCAGUAUUUUUAUAUAUCUUGUCUUAAUAGGUCUAGGGCAUGACUUUUAAAAUAGACAAAGUAGAUAACUCAUGAGGGUCCACAUACUUUGUAAGUAGCAAAAAGGCUUUAAAUGCAUAUCUAUUUCUGUCAACUCUGAUUAUGAAUAACAGUACAAGCAAAAUAUAUUUGGGGUAUCAGUUCAUGUAUUUAUUAGUUAUUUCAUACAUUGCUGUGUGUUGCAAGAAGAAAAAACUCCCCACUCUUUAGUACUUCGGCUCACAAGUACGAGUCAGAGUUUAGUUCCAUAUAAAAUGUCUCGACAGAUGUUAGAUGACCAGAAUGUUGACAAAGCUGUGCAUCAUUGUAUUGGUCGUGAAACGUUAACACAAGUGUUGUGGGGAAAUGUCCAUAACACUUAGUGUUUACCAUGUAUUUUGUACUGUUUAAAAAAUCUCAUUUGCACAAUUGUGUCACUGGAAACCAGUAAAGGAUUUGCCUUUAUAA